CAUUUUGAGAACGGCAAGCAGCGGCGACACAACAUGCGGCCCACCACGUUGCCAAGCCUGUGCGUGUUCGUCGCGUUGGUCCUGCUGUCAACGGAAGCGCGGCCGGCACACAGCGCUCUCAUCUUACCCCUGAUCAUCUUUAAGAAGCUGCCCAAACACAAGUUGCUGGUACCGGUGCCCCUACCACUGCCUCUGCCGAUCCCUAUUCCGCUGAUAAAACCCAAGGUGCUACCGCUGAUCCUGCCAAAGCUGCCCCGGAUCGGGAUCACCCUGCACUUGGGCAAGGGCUCCCCACUGCGACACCUGAGGAUACACCACAAACCGAAGCUGGUGCACCUUGACCACGGCCACGACGACCACGACUACCACCACUCGCACUCGAGCCACCAGCCGCACCACCACCACCACGGGCCGCCGUCGCACUCGGGCGAGGACGAGGUCUACGAAGUCAAGAACCAGCCGCCGCAGUACCCGAGCAAGGACUGGAAGUCGUAGCCCCUUUAUCGAACACUUCCCUAAGAGUCAUCCUCCCACGUCACCGUCCUGACGUCGGCUGUGUCCGGAGUGCGGUCCUACACGUGUAAACAGUUAUAUGGCGUAUCGAGACGACAGGCCGCGUUCGGCCCAGCCACGUGAUGAGUCGGCAACGCGUGGUCUGUAGACGCAAGGCGGGCCAAAAAAAGCGCGAGACACGGUCGACCGAGAGCGAUUAUAAGUGGAUACUAGCACAGGCAGAAGCAGAAAAGAGAGAUAAGGCGGGGAUGUUAGCUAGAAAUGCGCCAGGUUGGCUACACGGGGGAGGGGAACAGAGGAAUACAGAAAACUCAGAGUGAUAUAUGCAAAUGAAGAUGCGCUGAAUGUGUGUACACGAGUUGACGUGGCCACGCAAAGGCGUUCGCGCUAGCGGCAGGGAAAAACACCGACUGAGCGACUGGUAUUUGCGAAUGAGGACGAUGUUCAUGCGGCUGCCGGAAGAGAACUUGGCUUGUUGCAAGAACUGGCGGCUGCAGGUAUACUAAGAUCCGCAGUCUGUGGUUCUGAAAGAAAAGAGCGUGCUCGCCGCGGACGUGCCACGGGCCCCGUAAACCAAAAAAAAACACCAGGUGACAUGGCGCCUGGCCCCACGACCCGUCGUCUGGAUACGCCAUUACAAGAGUACCGCGGGAACAGCGCAUAUAUAAAGUAUUGUCGAGCUAGCCGUGGUACAACUGCCGAACUGGACCACCACUCUAGAUGAGAUGUUACGAACAGGCCGCACAAGACAAACACCCUUGCAGGCUUCGAGCCUGGUCGCUUUGUGAU